GGACAAUGUGCGUAGUAUUUUUAGUUCCCAAGGAAUGUCAAUCAGCCCCCGGAUACUGGGCUGCCCUGAGGUGGGGCUGCUGGUUUAAAACAAACACAGGCUGCCUAUAUAAUGACCAGACAGCCACCAGGCACCACCUCCACCAGGAAUCCCAGGCCCAUCUGUCCCCAGCCAGCCGAGGCCAUGCCCUCCCCAGGGACCGUCUGCAGCCUGCUGCUCUUCAGUGUGCUCUGGGUGGACUUGGCCAUGGCGGGCUCCAGCUUCCUGAGCCCCGAACACCAGAAAGUACAGCAGAGAAAGGAAUCCAAGAAGCCGUCAGCCAAACCGAAGCCCCGGGCCCUGGAAGACUGGCUUGACGCAGACGUCAGAAGUCAGGCGGAAGGCGCAGGGGACGAGCUGGAAAUCCAGUUCAGCGCCCCCUUUGACGUUGGGAUCAAGCUGUCAGGGGCUCAGUCCCACCAGCACGGCCAGACCCUGGGGAAGUUUCUUCAGGACGUCCUUUGGGAAGACGCCAGCGAAACCCCAGCCCACAAGUGACCGGCCCUGAGUCCAGCCACCUCUCCGUUUUCCCACCCUCAGAAGCAUUCACCUGGCUUCCAGAACGCUUCCGAGACCACCCCCAGCUCUGAGGGGUACCAGUCUAGGAGGUGAAUAAAUGCUCAAAC